AUUCACAUUUUGUUCACGGCCUGUUUCAUAGCAGUCGUCCAAGAACCAUGAUGACGUAUGGUUUGUGUAAUCUCUUCAUAAACAAUUAUUUUCAAACGUGAGAAAUUAUUUUACAGUUAAAAAAAAAAAAACAAAUUAAUAAAUAAACUAUGUUUUCCAAUACAUAAUACAUAUUUCAUUAAAUACUGAUUAUUUAGUCGUAAAUAUCUGUCGCUAAACACGUUUAUUUGAAAGUUUAAUUAUAAAUUUAUUUAUUGACGGUGUAAUUCAAUUUUCCUUUGUAUUAAUUUGUGAAAAUAAUAAAAAGUAAAAUUAAAUGUUUCACAAUGGUGAAACUAACGGAAGAAAUGGUCGUUGCUAGAACCCGAAUUUCGGAUCUUACUGCUGUUAAAAAACUCAAUUGUUGGGGCUCCGAAUUAACAGAUGUUAGUAUUUUACGUGAAUUAAAAAAAGUUGAAGUUUUAUCACUGAGCGUCAACAAAAUAAACAGCUUAUCAGAUUUUCAAUUCUGUUCAAAUUUAAAAGAUUUAUUUGUUAGAAGAAAUAACAUAACAGAUUUAAAUGAAAUAUGUUAUUUACAAAAUUUACCAAACCUUCGCAAUUUAUGGCUUGGAGAAAAUCCUUGCGCUGAAAGAGAGGGAUAUCGUAUGGCUGUAAUUAGAGCUCUACCAAAUUUAGAAAAGCUUGAUGAGAAAUUUGUAACUGCUGAUGAAAUAAAUGUUGCAUUAUCACGAGGGAAAAUUCUUGUCCAUCCUCUUAGUAUGGAUGCGUCACCUCCACAAUCAGAUCCAGCAAGUCCUGAGGAAGUCGCUGAGUUCAUUGACGACGUUGUGUUAGAAAGGAAUAGAAGAUACAGUUCAUCUAGCGAUCAGAGAAGUUAUGAGGAUCAUCAUCAAGUUCAUGAAGAAUAUCAAGAUACUGAUCGAAGAAAUGCUAAUUAUAAUGCAUCAUCUCCUCAUCAAUAUUCUCAAAAUAAUCACUACAAUUAUGACCUUCAAAAUGGACAAACUAAAAAUCAAGUAAAAGAUGAAACAGCUAAAAUUGAAUUACGUACCAAUGGACACAGCUUGCAGAAUAACAUUCCCGAAUUUCCUAAGGAUUACGAUGAUCGUCCAGCUGUUGCAAAACAGAAUGGAGAUUAUGAAGAUCGUCGUGGUUAUAGUGCUGAGUAUGAGAGAUCGAGUGAACCUAAUACUCAUCGUUCACAGCAAGUCCUACCGUCACCAAGAACAGCUUACUCUGUUAACGAGUAUGGCGAUGAAAGACGAUCUAUAGAUCGAAAUAUUUAUGAAUGUGAAGACCGAAGACAAAUAGAUUAUGAGGAAUCACAUCAAUCAAGACGAACUUCUGCUCACCAAAACAGUGAAAGGGAGGAUCCCAGAGAAAUGCCAGGUUGGGUGCGACAUUCGGAGAAAGAUAAAUGUCGGUUUCAUUAUCACAGGAGACCUGUUACGAGAAAUUCAAACAUUUUAUCUGCUGUUUUGUGUCUUGUGAAAGAAUUGGAUUACCCAAGUCUAGAAGUUGUCGAAAUGGCAGUUCGCAACAGAAUGGACGAAUUAGAAGAAUGAUGUAUCUGACGCCGUCCCCAUCUUACUCGGGGUACGGCGAUGUUGCCACCAUCAAUGGCCAGUGUCGAGUCAAUGGCACCAAGUCCUGAUUAUACUGAUUCUUUAAAUACAAUACCUCUCGAUUUAGAUCGUUUUGAUGAUUUUUGUUACUGCGAAACUAAAAUAAGACCUACCAAAAAUGUUUCUAUUGAUCCAAGCCCGCGUUAUUUUGGAGAACAUGAUAAAAUAACCGGUGAAAAAAGUCCAUUAUUAAAUUCAAUGCCAUCUCGUGGAUUUGGUGAUAAAUUUACAGAUGAUCCGUCAAUUGAUUGUACAUCAAAAUUAAUAAAUGACAAAAGUCGUAGCAAGAGAAUUAAAAAUCUCGAUCUUUCAGAAAAUUCAUGUUUCAAUAAAAUUCAUGAGCUUAAAGGAAAUCAAGUAAGAAGAGUUGCAAGUAGCGAUAGUAUCCCUUUAGCGAUCGCUAAACGAGAAACUUAUGUAAGAGACUAUCGGGCUAUUGAUGAAAAUUGUUGUGUUGGACGAGUUAACAGUCCAGAUGUCAGGCAAUUGCGGUAUAUUCAAUCAGCUAAAGGAGCUUGGUCAUAUAAUUUGUAAUAAAAUGAAAUAAAAAUGAGGAGAUUACUGUCAGGCUGUGGGAUAAAUUUUUCAAUAUAAUUAAAGAGCCUAUUUAACUUUUAAAUAAACAACUAAUAAAAAUGCAAUAAUUAAUAGUUACUAUUUAUUGCUCUACAAAAUAAUUUUUGUAUUAUAAAAAAUGAACAAACAGUCGUAGGAAUCUUUUUAUAAUACUUUAGAUAAAGAAAUAAAUCCAAUUUUUAAAAAUUUAUAGACAAAAAAAAUAUAAUUGAGAUUAUAUGGGUGUAGUGCAUCCCUACAGAGAAUUUCUCUACAUUAUAAAACUUUACAAAGUUUUUUCCUACACGAAUCAACUCUACAGAUAAAUUUUUACAUCGCAACAACUCAACAAAGGUUAUUUUCACAUCCUUACAUCUCUCAUAUAGACAAUCUCUACAGCGAUCAUUUUUACAUAGCGCUAAGUUCAAACAGUAGAAUUUUUGUUUUGAUUUUUUAUUAAUAAAGAAGGUUAAUUAUAUAAAAGAAUGAAUGAAUGAAAGUGAAAUUAAAUUAUUUAAAUAUUACAAAAGUGAUGAUUCACCCCAACACAAAUUUAGAAAUUCUAGCGGUUGCUGCUUUUAAACUGGUGGUCUUGUGUUAAUUUUCUGUAUCAAUUGUUAUUUUUUGUUGUGUUUAUAUUUUUUUUUUUUUUUUUUAUUGUAAUUGUUUGAGAA